AUGAGUCGUAAUGAUGCAUUACAAUCUCUGGCAAAUUUGCGGUCUGAGUGCCUUUCCAAUGUUUGUUAUGAUACUCAAUUAAAGCGUCUUGAAAGGGAACUGCAUGAUGAACAAGAUAAAACCAAGCAACUUGAAUCUGAGCGAACGGUUGCCGAAACAAAAAUCUUACAACUCGAACAGGCACUAAACCUACACGAGUUAGAACAAAAGAGUAAAGAAACUGACAAUGGGCUUUGUCAUGAUCAUUCCUGCAUUAUUAUGGAGACACUCAGCACUAAUUGCAUUAGAAAUCGACACGCGCCUCCGACUCAAGAGAAUACCUGUACUAAUAAAUAUAUCACAUCUCAAGAAUUACCACCUAACCCUCGAAUACCACCAAAACAAGUUGAUAAGCAGGAGCCUCAAAAACAUGCUGGUCAAGUAAGUCAAUUCCCAAAAUAUACGGAAAUUUCGGACAAGAACAGCAACGACAAUGCAAAACGACACAAACCAUCACAACAUGAAUUAACUAACUGUUAUGCCAUCCCGACUCGCGUUACCCAUAGAACACCAUCAAAGAAAUCGACGUGGCGACGAAAUAAACAUGGCGCUAGAAUCAACCAGACUGAGGAGGGUUUUUGCAAGGACAAAUGGAAAGCCAAUAUGAGGUUUUUCCAGUAUUAUUACUAG